UUAUUGUAGCUGGGCCGAUUCAGCAAAAGUAUGGACCAAGUUUUUCCCCAAUAGCUGAAAUGAGCCCAAUAUUUGAGUCGGUGUUUCUGUGCACCAAAUCAAGAAACUCCGCAGAUUUUUCCGCGAAAAAGAAAACCCCUGAGUAACGCAGAGGAGAGAGAAAACUUGGAGAACAUAACAAUGGCGGAAGAACACGAGGAAGAGGAGAGAGAAAGAGGAAAAGUAAUGGCGUUGAUUGAGAAAGCAACAAAUUCAAAUGAACCAGAGGUUGAUCCUCGACUUCUCAAAGCCAUCAAAAUGGUCGUCAGAUACUCUGAUUUUGAGCUCAAACUCGCCGUUCAAACCCUAAUGCAUCUCAUGAAACGACAACAUUCCCAGAUCAGGUAUCUUGCAUUGUUGAUAAUUGACGAGUUGUUUAUGCGAUCGAAGCUGUUUAGAACCCUAAUUACUGAAAAUUUGGAUCAAUUAUUGAGUUUAUCGGUUGGAUUUCGAAAGAAUCAACCACUUCCUGCUCCUUCUAAGGUUGCAUUGGUUUUACGAUCGAAGGCGAUUGAGUUCUUAGAAAAAUGGAAUGCUUCAUUUGGUUUUAGUUACAGGCAGCUUAGGUUAGGAUAUGAAUACUUGAAGAACACACUUAGGUAUCAAUUUCCUAAUUUACAAGCGAAUGCUGCUCGGGUUGAACGAGAACGGAGAGAGAGGGAGCGGAGAACACAAGAGAUUUUGAGGAACAAGUUUGAGACAUUGAGGGAGAGUCUUGUUUUGUUGAAGAAAGAGAUAAAGUCGACGAUUGAUGAGAUUGAGGAGUGUUUAGGUAUUGCUAAGGCUUAUGAUGAGAAUAUGGUAUUGGAGCCAUUGGAUGAUGAGGAAGAGGAGGAAUUUGAGGGCAUGCGUAACCCUGAGUUGCGGCAGAUUAGGCUUGAUGCAUUGAAGGAAGCAGAGAAGGUUCAUGAGAAUAGCGAGAAUGAAGUGGUCUUUGAUGCAUUGAGGGAGUUGUUCAAGCUGUUAGUGACUAAGCAUUUAGUUUCGGUCCAGGAAUGGAUAUCUGUUCUUAUCAGGGUUGAGGUGAACGAUACUAGGUUUAGAGAUUCUGCACUGAAAGAGUUCAUUGAUCUUCGGAACGGAAUUAUUGCGGUGAAGAAGAAAUGUGAGGAAUCUGGUUGUGCCCUUCCUAAGAUUAGGGAAAGUGAGGAAGAUGACAUUUGGGAGGAUGGUAAGAUUGAAUUGGUGGAGAAAAGCAAGGAGAAUUUGACAUCACUACCGACUGAUUCUAGGGUAUCGGCUACUGAUCCUCCUGAAUGCAGUGAUAGAGGAACAAAGAAUAGGGAUAUUGUAAAACAUAGAGUUGGUGGUGGUAAUUCAGAUCCUUUGAGGGGGAAGCUUUUAGCUGAAGCUCCAGUUGUCAAUUGGGGCUCUUCUUUGGAUAAUUGGGGUGAGAAGAGGGAUGUUUUGGCUAAUCAAAGAGGAUUAGAGCUUGAUGGUCAUUGGGGCAGGGUAGAUUAUGAUGCUACUAUACCGUCAGAAAAGAUUGCUGAACUAAAUGUUCAUGCAAGUCUUUACAAAGAAAAGCAAGCUGAAGUCCAACCAUGUCGUGCUCGUCUACGCAAGGGAGAGCUUUGUCAAAGAAGAGAUUUACGAGUAUGCCCAUUUCAUGGACCAAUUAUACCUCGUGAUGAUGAAGGCAUGCCCAUAUACCCUGAGGAUGAUGUAGGGAUCUCUGCCAACCCUGUGCUGGAUGAAGGUACAUCCAUGAGACGAAGUUCAUCCACAGAAGAUACGAAUAUUGAUGAAAAUGGUAUUUCAAUGGAGCAGCUAGCUAAAGAGGCUGUGAAAAAUGUCAGAGAGAAGGAUAAAGAGGAAUUGCAGCGAAAAGAAAGUGAUAAACGAGCAGUCAAGAAAGCCAAACUUGCAAAGGUUCGGGAACACAAUGAUGCAGUUCUCCGAGAAGCUGCAAUGGCUUCAACAUCUCUAUCUGCUGGUUUUAGAGAAGUUGAUGGUGCAACCAUGAGAGAGAAAGCUACAAUGAAAAAUAAAAGGCCAACUCUUGCAUCGAUGUUACGGAAGAAAGUAACAGCAAAAGAUAGAUUAGCACAGAGGCUUUUGAGUACCCGGGCAAGAGAUGAAACCAUUAAACAGCUAACUAAAGGCGAGGAUACUAAAUACCGAGAAUCAUUCCCAAACCAGUGGUAGCUUUUGAUAGUUUCACAAAAACAACGGCACUUCUGUAUUGACAUUAUAGAUACCGGGUGUGACAGUGCAUUUUGGAUCAUCUCGGUUGCCUCUUGUUCAAUGAGCGGAGAAGCUUUGACAAAUUAACUAUCAAGUCAGGAUCUGGACAGUGUUGGUGGUUUUGUAGAUAUGUUCUCUUCUCCACAUCUCCAUUUCAUCUCUUUCUCAUGUAUAUUUACAUUUCCCAACAUAUUGUUUAUAAAAGAAACAUUUGUUUAUUUA